CUGGCCUGGUAAACAAACUGCAAGAGAGGAGAGCUUCUUGGGGACAGGCAGAGGGAGUACCUUUCUUUGGGAGGGGAAUUUUUCCUUGCCUUGUUUCUUCUUCUUCUUCUUCUGAUCCGAGGUGGAAAACCAAAACAGAGAUUGGAGAUAGACACAGAAACACUUGCAGCUAGCAUUUUCCAAGAGAUGGACAGAGAGGAGAUGAAGAUGGUUAUCUUGGGACAAGAACAAACAUUCAGACAACAGGUUCAUGAGAUGCACCGAGUUUACCAUGUUCAGAAACAACUGAUGAGGAAGAUGCAGAUAGCUGGGCUGAACCGGGCUCAUGCUGAGACGAAACAUAAACUCGAGGUCUGGCGCGACGACAAGGCUACCGACCGUCAGCAACUCUACAGCUUCUCAAACAGCUGCAUCCCUGCCUCUGCUGCAGAAGAAUGCAACCUUGAGCUCACUCUGGCAACCGGGAGCAGCAGAAGCCACAAGGGCAAGCAAGUGGGCAAGUCCUCAAACUCAGACUCCGGGAUGGCGGUGUCGUCAACAUCGACCGAAUCUGAUCUGGCUCAGUUCAAGGAGUUUGACACAAGGCUGGUGAGGCUUCAGAUUGAGAGCAAGAGGUUUAACAUUGCCGAUGAGACGAAUCAGUCUCCUUGGCCGCACCAGCCUGUGAUCCUUAGGGUGGCACGGUGACCGACUUAGCUAGGAUUUGGUGUUGUAGAUUUCAGAGAAAGAAGAAGAGAUGUUGUCACUUCACAGAGCUAAUUGGCUUCAACAAUUUGCAAUAGACAAGAGAUGACCGCGUAACAGUC